GUCUAAAUGGGAGAGCGGAACUGUAGUAGCCUAUGCCACAGUUCGUCUGAGAGCAUGUGAACUGGGCACAGGGGGUCCAAAUCAAAUUGUCAAACUAAUUUCGUGCAUGUUUACAACAUUUAGCCUACAUCGCCGUGUAUCGUCAUGCCUUCCCUGAAAGCGCUGCUAGAGACGGGACUGGACUUUGUAGAAUUCUUGGGAGAGAGGAAGUCGAAAACAAAUAGAAAUGAACUGAAGGAUAUUUACAAUUUGGAAUUCAAAAGGAAUGGAGCCAAAGAUCACAAGUUCUCCAGUGUUGUCUACGCCUUACAGAAAAACAGCAAAGCCACCAUAAAACAAGACAAAAUAUAUUUAAAUGUAAAACCUCAGGUGAGAGUGUACUACUGUGACCAGUGGAGGAGACCAGCCAAGCCAGAUGGGAGGGCUGUAGAUAAUGGGACAAGUGCACCACUGUCUUCCCCUCUCUCCACCCGUGCUACCUCUCCCUCUAUGAUGAACCCUGUCCUGACGCCUAAGAAGAAGCUGGCCAAAGAAGUAGUUAACAAACUCAAGAUGAACAGGGCAAAGUUGAUCUCUGACAAAGGUGGCAUCCAGAUCUCCUCAGAUCCAGUGGCAACCAAUGGCAGGAUUCACCUCAACAUCCAGCAACUUGAAAAUGUGGUCGUCGUCAAGUUCCACAUUCAAAACAUGGCGACAAAUUCCAUCUAUUUCAACUACUACACUGCACUCCACCGGAUCCGCUGUUUCACUCUGGUGGAUGAGAGAAGAGUCACCCGGGUCUCUCCCCUCCUUCUCUGCCCAGGUGACCGCUACAUGGUGGAGAUGCACUACCAGCUACACCACUAUGGCCACUUCCCUGCCUCCAUGUACUUUGAGUUCUGCGCAGACCCACCCACCUCCUCCAAGCCCUUCUGCAUCGUCAGGGAGCUGGAGGCUGUGGCCAUGACCCAGCUGGCCGUAGAACUGGGACCCAUAGCCCCCUACAGCCCCAGGCAGGGGGGCAAGCUCCAGGCUGUGUUCACAGUGGUGGAGGAGGGAGAGCCUCCAGAGAGUUUUGUCACCCACUCGCUGAAAAGCGUUGUGAAGCUGAAGGAAUACCAAUACCCGAAAUACCUUAAGGACUUGGCCAAGCAGAGACUGGAGGAUUCGGAGUAUCUGUCUCCUGCUGCCAGACAGCAACUCCCAGUGGUGAGGGGUGUGCUGGACUCGCCCCUGUGCAUGAAGAGCUACUCCAGGCGCUUCCACCUGCUGCUGCAUCUAGAGGAGAUCCAGAUGGAGGUGGACAUUAAGAAGUACGACAUGCACGCCCAGACCAUGACCCAAGAUAAGAGCAACAAAAAGCUCCUCAACCUUAAAGUGCCCGGCGUGGCCGAGAACAGGCCGUCAGUCUUAAGAGGGGACCACCUCAAGGUCUCCAAGACUGGUGACACGUCGCAGCCACUCACCGUCUACAAGGGCUAUGUGCAUCGCGUGGAGCUGGAUAACGUCAAACUGGGCUUCUCCAAGAAACUAGUGCAGAGCUUCAUCAGUAACAUGAAGUUUGAAGUGGAGUUCACCCUCAACCGCUUCCCUCUGAAGCUGCAGCAUCGAGCGGUGGAGCUGGCCACUCAGCACAAGCUUGAGAACGUGUUGUUCCCCCGGGACUCCAAAGCCACUCAAACCCCCCCGCCUCGCCUCCGGUUUUUCAACCGUGACUUGGAGAGCAACCCCGAGCAGAAUGCCGCUAUCCAGUGGAUUGUGGCGGGAGGCUCCAUACCGGCUCCGUACUUGGUGUUCGGCCCCCCAGGGACCGGAAAAACCGUCACUUUAGUGGAGGCCAUCAAUCAGAUAUGCAAGUCGGACCCGUUCACCCAUGUAGUGGCCUGCGCCCCGUCCAACAGUGCCUCUGACCUGCUGUGUGAGCGCCUCAUGGGCUACGUGGACGCCCACCAGCUCUUCCGCCUCUACGCCGGCACCCGUGACCCCAAGACGGUACCCCCCAAACUACUGAAACACUGCAACUGGGACGCACACCAGGACUGUUUCGUCUUCCCCGCCAAAGAGACGAUGAUGAAAUACAAGGUCAUCGUCUCCACGCUGUUCACCGCAGGAAGGCUCGUCUCUGGGGGAGUCCCUGUUGGCCACUUCACACACAUCUUUGUGGACGAGGCCGGACAAGCUGUAGAGCCAGAGUGUAUCAUUGGCAUUGCAGGCUUGCUGCAUCCACAGAAAGGCCAGUUGGUGCUGGCAGGAGACCCUGAGCAGCUGGGGCCCAUCCUGCGGUCCCCACUGGCUCUGCGGCACGGACUGGGCCUUUCUCUGCUGGAGAGGCUGAUGAGAGAUUGCCCGCUCUACCAGAAGAGCAAGGACGUACACCAGUACAACGGGCGCUUCGUCACCAAGCUGCUGCGCAACUACAGAUCCCACCCAGCCAUCCUUAAGGUGCCUAAUGAGCUUUUCUAUGACAACGAGCUGCAGGUGUUUGCCAACAAAAUGGACCGUGAAGCCUUCUGCAACUGGGACCACCUGCCUAAAAAGGGGUUCCCUCUCGUAUUCUGUGGGGUGAUGGGCAAAGACGAAAGGGAGGCCAACAGCCCCUCCUUUUUCAAUGUGACUGAGGUGGAGACCCUUAUCAGCUACCUCACGAAGCUAAUGGUCACCCAGGGCAAGAAGGGUAUUCCCAAACUCAGCUCCAAGGACAUCGGCAUCAUCGCCCCCUACAGGAAACAAGUGGAGAAAAUUCGAAAGGCCCUCAGAACUGUGAAAGAGCUAAGCCAGUGGAGUGACAUUAAGGUGGGCUCUGUGGAAGAGUUUCAGGGACAGGAGAGGAUGGUCAUCAUGGUGUCCACUGUCCGCAGCAGCGUCAACUACGUCAAGAUGGACCAAGACUUCAACAUUGGCUUCCUCACCAACGAGAAGAGAUUUAAUGUGGCAAUGACCCGAGCCAAAGCCCUUCUGGUUGUGGUGGGAAACCCUGUUAUACUCAAGAAGAAUCCUACCUGGGAGAGGUUUAUUAAGUACUGUGAAGAGGAGGGAGGCUACACUGGCUUUGACUACAGUGAUGCAGAGGGGGAGGAGGAUGUGGUGGACAGACUCGCCGCCCUCCGCCUAAACCUGGAGUUUGACGAGCUGGAGGAGAGUGCUGUCCAACAGCAUGAACAUCCUGAGUGGCGGAGUGAACAGUGAUUGCCUGCAUAGCAGCCACAUCUGGCCCACGUCCAGCCCAGAUCCUUGCCAGACUCAGCAUCGAACUGGGCUGGCUAACAGACUGCCCUCAGUUCCUGCCAAGACAAUCAACCAGCCCGCUCACCCAAUCCUCCGCUCAAUACAACCGUUUAAGUAGAAAAUGGUGUGCUGAAAUCACACCAUCCUUUUACUGUGAUCAUUAGUUUCCUUUAGUCUGAACCCGAAAUCCAACAUUAGCACUUUGAGUCAUUUGGUCACUUAGAAUCCACAUGGACAAGUUCUGUUUCAAUUUAUAUUUUUGCAUAUGCGCACUUCCCUGCGUUUUUGCCCUUGUAAAGGUACUGAAACAGGCAUCCAUGCUGUCUCCACAAUCUCUUUGCUUAAUGAAAACCAAAGACCAAAAACUGUUCAUUUUUAUAUCUGUCAUCUUUUCUUUUUCCUUUGGAAUUACACCUAGUUAACAUUAUCGCUAGUCAGAUUAGACAUCCCAAACUUCCCCCACAUAGUCAUGUUGCAAUCUGACCACAGCAACUAAGUAGUGAAAUGUUAUAUCUGAAGGCCUUUGGGGAAUUAUUUAAAUUAUGCAGAUCAUCUCUGCUACUUUACCGUAGUUUGUUGUCCUUACAUUAUUAAUACAGAAAUUAUUACAGAUUAUUUCAACAACAUUUAUGAAUUACACAUAUUAGUUUACAAAAAAGGACUGCAACUGAAAACCAUGUCCUUCUCAGUGAUAUUUUUCCCGUAUCAAUAAUUCCAGGAGAGGCUUUCCACUAGGGAUGUUCUUUCCAAACAAUAAGAGAAUACUUUACCCCUUUCACGCUUGAUAGCAUCUGACUCUGGAAUGGAUAUGAGACUCCUGUGUGGUGCUGAACACAGCCAGUUUUGAGACAGAUACAGGCCCUGAUUUGGUUGUCAUCUGGUUUAAUAGUAAAUGAGGCCCCAGCCGUGGCGUGACUGGCUGGGUCACCUGCACCAAACACCGGUGACUCGGGCUCGAUUCCCACCCUGGAUCCCACCCACCCCGGAUCCCACCCACCCCCAUCACAUUAAAGGCAUUCAAAAAGCCCCCCCAAAAUAUAUACUUUAAUAGUAAAUGGGAUUGUUUUUUCAUACCAUUCCCUCAGUAAAAAAAGCUUUUGCUGUAAUCAAACUGGAAAAGCAAUAAAAAAAAAAAAAGAUGUGUGGAUCCUGUGAACUGAUUUGCUUUUCUAAAGGAUUUCUUGACCAUGAACAAACACAGGGUCAAUCUGCUGAAGUAUCACCAUAUUCGUUUAGUUUUUGCUGAUGUAGAUUGAAUGACAAAACAUACACACAAGGUAAUGCUGAAUCUUCUUCUCUCAAAAAUAGUUUAUUAACAUUGGUUGGUUUCACUUAAAUCAAAACAUUCACUACAACACUAGUUCUGUUUACAAAGCCUUAUAAUUAUUCAGAUUUAUACCAAAGCUCAUUGUUAUGUCUUAAUACUUCCAGAAAAAAGAAGAUAACACAAAAAACACUUAGCAGGAAUUGUUCCCCUCGUAGAGAUGGAGGCUUUGAAGGGCCAUGGUGAGCUCAUGCGGACAUUGACGUUUUACAGGUCUGGUUAUAGCUAGUGCAUUUCUGAUGAGGGGGGCCAGUUCAAACCCCAGCAUAGAGAAGAAUAAAAUAACCAAAGGCCAUGCUGUUGGGAUGUUACCACUGCUUUAAGCUGAUAAGUAGUGGGGGCUUUUCUGCUGAUGUGAGGGCUUAUGCUGUGUGGUUACAUGUUGUGGUAUUGUGCUGUUCACCUGUGUGUGCUUACCCCUCACAUUACCUUUCUGACUACCCAGAAUUCCUUGGCAAGUUGUAAAUGUGGGGGAAGUGGUAUAUGGUCCUUACUGAAGUCUGUGUGUGAGUGCGAAACAAGCUGUGGAACAUUGCACAUCAUGCCUUGCCCUAAAAUAAAUGGUGUUCAAACUGGUUAACCACAGACAAGACAAAACAAAACAA